UGUGCCCAUGUGUGAAUGCCUCUGCGGGCCCGGGAUCUGUGUCUCGGAAGCUGUGUUCCUCUAAAAGGAGGCUGUGCCCAUGUGUGAAUGCCUCUGCGGGCCCGGGAUCUGUGUCUCGGAAGCUGUGUUCCUCUAAAAGGAGGCUGUGCCCAUGUGUAAAUGCCUCUGCGGGCCCGGGAGCUGUGUCUCGGAAGCUGUGUUCCUCUAAAAGGAGGCUGUGCUCCUGUGUAAAUGCCUUGCUGGCCAGGGAGCUGUGUCUCGGAAGCUGUGUUCCUCUAAAAGGAGGCUGUGCUCCUGUGUAAAUGCCUCUGCGGGCCCGGGAGCUGUGUCUCAGACUGAGUAGAUGCAAGACAGAGCAUCUACUCCCCUCAUCAAAAUCAGUGGUAUAAAAGAAAAUCAAAGAAGUAAUAUAAAAUGACACAAUGUUGCAUGCAUUUUGAACUUCGAUGUGCCUUUGCUUUUAUGGUUUUGUCCUAAUCUCUGUAAUCCUCUUGGGCCUUCCAAACCAGUGUCUGGCAGUGAAAUCACUGGGGUGUUUAAGGAGAAAUUGUUAUUGAAAACUGCUGGAUGUGUCCUUGCUUACAAAAAAUACUGUAGUCGAAGAGAAUUUUGUAAGCAGGUUAUGUGGAAUGAAUUAUUAAAGAAUUUUAAGUGGAGAGGAUUUUUGGUGAAACCAGACCUUGUUAUGGUAGGAGUCCAAAACUCACAUUUUUAUGCAGUUGUGUAAGUUUUUCAAUUGAGGUCAAUAUGUAAAUCAUUCAGGUUCCAUGAACAAGUUAAAAUAUCUUGCCAUAAGCAAAACAUAACAGAUUUUAUUAUGUUUACUGCAGUGUUUGUGAUGGGGAGAUGUCAGUGCUUUGACCUACAGAGUCGAAAUAUUAUGGCUGAAGCCAGACAGGUGGCGCCAUCUGAUGGAUGACUUGCAGCUAAAGGCGAUCAUCUAGCCGCUUUUGUCAGUGACACGCAGCGGUCAGAAGGGGUGGCUGUACUGUCACGAGGAGAUUACAGGGGUCAGCGCUGUAAUGCCGGUCAUGUUAUCCGCCCAGGAUUGGGGGCAAGCGUGCCUAUCAGGCCAGUGCCACCGGAUUACCGGAUUUAGUGUAGGGCUUGCCCUGCUAGCCGCCCAUUCUGCUACCGACAAUGUCUGGGGAGACACGGGCAGCAUCCCUGCGGAGAUCCCUGCGUGACGCCGAGCACGGCCGGCCCAUAAGCGCGCGGGACUCCUGCCGAGUCUGCGGCAACCUCCCCCGGGGCAGCCUCUGCCGCUGGAUGUUCAGCCCCUCGGGAAGGACGAAGCUGCAGGUGGCACUGUCCUACGCGCUGGGUUGCGAAGUGGCGCGCGACGGCCGCUGCGAGUUCCUCUGCGGCAAGUGCGCCCACAUGCUGGAGCGUGUGCUCGAGUGCCGCCUGCUCAUCGGUCGGCUUCAGGUGACUCACAGGGCCCAGGAGCAGAAGCUGCAGGUGGAGAAGGAGAACCUGAUACGGUGCAUCAGCCACUUGUACAGGAAACACAAUGAGUGCAUGGUGGCGGCUGAAGGGGAUUGUGCUCCCACUAGGAGCUCAUCCAGGACCAGCGUUGAAGUUCAAAUCGCUUCAGAGGGGUCGGUUUCAGAGGAGCAGCUCUCACCUGCCAGAAGCUGUGAUGACGGUGAAACCAGGGCUCCAGCAGCUGGCUCCGGCUCACAGCCGAUGUCUCUCCCCUCCCAACACAUGUACAUGGAGGUCGAGCUCCACAAAAGUAGCACGUCAGCCUUGUAUCAGAAGCGCUCCUCCUCCAUUCAGUCUUUAACCUCGGAAUGUUCCGAGUCCCGCUCCCUUCCUGGAUCGUCGGGAUCUGCAGUGCAGAAGGCCACAGGGGACAGCCCCCAACCCGCCCGUCCUGAUCCCGUGGCCAGAUUCAGGAGAGGGCAUCUACAGGGAAGCCCUUUUACUCAGACUUUCAUGAUCUCCGAUGUCCUCAGUCUUCUUCGAAGCAUCCCGAGAAGAGCCCUCUUAUCACAGCCAAAGAGUAAGAUACCCAUCCUUACGAGAUCCGUCCCCUUGGGAACAGUGUCCGGUACUUCUUCAGCUCAGAGUCAGACGGAAACAGCCAGAAAUCAGCUGGCUGCAGAAUGGGAUUUUUUACAAGAUCUGACAGAUGCAUUUAACGAUGAGUACACAGUCCUUAAAGCUGAGGUAACCUGAUCACAAGCCCAUGUGCUUCUCAAGGCUGCAUUAAGAUGUGAGCAGUUUUGUGCCUGUGUUUGUCUUUUUAUGUCUUUGUAGGACCUUAUGGGAUCUUAUUACAUUUCUACUGUGCUUUUGUUGUUUCUAUCAAUAUUCACAAUUAUGCUAA